AACAACACGACCAAAGGUCAUAUUAACAACGCCACGCUCUAAAAAAACGUCGCAGAGUGAGAGACGACGGCUGUUUAAGGACACCGUCACUGUAGAGACCGUCACAUUAUGUCUUCACGCAGACGGUUGCCAUCGAGAUCGGGAAAACGCGACAGGAGAAAUGUUAUCGUGGUCGGGGCAGGUCUAAGUGGUCUGUCCGCCGCUAAGAAGCUUCACGAGGAAGGUCUGGACGUGGUGAUUUUGGAGGCACGAGACAGGGUGGGAGGGCGCACACUCACAUUGAGGAACGAGAGGGUGGGUUAUGUCGACGUGGGCGGUGCGUAUGUAGGCCCGACCCAGGACCGUGUGUUCCGCCUGGCCCGGCAGCUGGGUCUGCAGACGUACCGGGUCAACGAGACGGAGAGGAUCGUCUUCUACACAAAGGGUGAAAGCCGACCGUACGAGACAGUGUUACCACCCAUGCGUAAUCCACUGGUGCAUCUGGACUGCAACAACUUCUUCCGCAAAGUGGAUGAGUAUGGAGACAUGAUCCCACAGGAGGCGCCAUGGGACUGUCCCCACGCCGAGGAGUGGGACCGCAUGACCAUGAAGGACUUCUUCGACCAGGUGAUCUGGACGGAGGAGACACGCACGUGGGCGGAGAUGUUCGUGCGGCUGAACGUGUGUGCCGAGCCGCACGAGGUCUCCAUGCUGUGGUACCUGUGGUACGUCAAGCAGUGCGGGGGGAGCAUGCGCAUCACAGCCGUCAGUAACGGCGGGCAGGAGAGGAAGUUUGUGGGAGGCUCUCAGCAGCUCAGCGAGAAGAUAGCAGAAAUUCUGGGAGACCGAAUAGAUUUCUGCAGCCCUGUCCUCCGGAUCGAACAGCGGAGAGAUAAAGUCGUGCUGUACACACGUGACGAGCGGAAACACGAGGCUGAGUUUGUAAUCCUGGCGAUCCCGCCACCACUGCUCCAAAAGAUCGUGUUCUCUCCGGAUCUCCCCGCCUCCAAGCUCCAGCUCGUGAAGCGCAUGCCCAUGGGCUCUGUGGUCAAAACUUUCAUGUACUACGAGAGCGCCUUCUGGCGAGAGAAUGAUUACUGUGGGUUCGCUGAUAUUGACGACCCGGCCUACCCUGUGGCUAACACUGUGGACGAUACCAAACCUGAUGGAACCUAUCCUUCUAUCAUGGGAUUCAUUUUGGCGGACAAGUCUAGAGAAUUUUCACACUUGACACAAGAAGAAAGGAAGGAAAUGAUUUGCCAGAGCUACGCCAAAGUCUUCAAGUCUGACAAAGCCCUUCAUCCUGUUCACUACGUGGAGAUGAACUGGAACAAGGAAGAGUGGACGGGCGGGGGGUACACGUCAUUCGUCCCGCCCGGUGUUCUCACGACGUGCGGCAGAGAGUUGAGGGUGCCGUUUGGGAGGAUUUUCUUCGCCGGUACAGAGACUGCAGUGGGCUGGUCAGGCUACAUGGAGGGUGCCAUACAGGCGGGGGAGAGGGCCGCUGCUGAGAUCCUGUGUCAGAUGGGGAGACUACAGCCGUCUCAAGUCUGGACCGCAGAACCAGAGAACGAGGACUGCAUAGCCCUUCCGUUCGAGAGCUCCUUCAUGGAACGGUACCUCCCGUCUGUCCCGGGCCUCAUAAAGAUCCUUGUGGGUGGAUCUCUCCUGAGCGUCACGGCGCUCGGCUUGCUCUGGAAGUACCAGCACCGCCCGGACAGCGCCACAGAUGUCCUCCACCACUCCUACAGGUGGCUUCACUCCCUAUCACACCACGCAGCGCCACCACUGAAAGCGGUUCUAUCAGGAAUUGCAGACUCGGCCAGAAAGGGUUUCCCAAGUAUAGCUGUGUUCACAUACGUGUAUCACUGUGACUAUAGGCAGCGGGUGCGACUGGAGAGAAGAGCAAGGAUCGUGGAUAACUGGCAAGCGGAGAAGAAUAGGAACAUGGCCAAAAAGGCACCACGAAGUGUGAGGGUGUGGAAAAGGGCUGGUUCAAGAAGAUGAGGAACCAACUCGGCCGUUAACCUAAACUCAUUUGGAGAUACGCAAUCAAUAAUAUUUAUCAAUAUCAUUUGAUUUUCUAAUGACUUGUAAUUUCCUUUGUGGGGAUUUGAAGAACAUUAGCAUUGUUGUACUGUGCAUUUAUCGGUUCACAGAGAGAAAAACUUAAAGAAAGAUUCUUAUCACUUUGCCUUUUAGGACUUUUAAUCAUUAGAGAGUAGGGGUAUGGUUGUUUGUUGUACAAAACCAGUCCAGAAAAAAACAGAUCUGAAAAAGAAUCAGUGGAACAACUCGAAAAUUAACAGAUACUG